AUGACGACUCCGUUUCCUCUCUUACGCCUUCCAUGGCUUGCACUGAUUCAAGUUUUUCAAGAAAUGGAACCUAUUGAAAUAAUUGCCGUCUCGCUUCUUUCCAAAAGAGCCAAUAACCUCUCAAAAAGCCUUCGCAAAAUAUCUCCUCGUUACAUUUAUCUAAAAGUAAAUAGCGAUCACCUUGACAUUAGUCUUUGUUUUGCAACGUGGUACAACGUGGAACUGAGCCUAUAUUUCUACAAAGAGAACGCACCGGAUUUGGCCGAUGCGAGGCUUCGAAACAGAGCUUUUACUAACGAAAACACCGGGUUGUCAGCAUCUCAAUGGUUGGAGCGGGUUCUAGAUGUGACGAACUAUGAAUCGCUGACGAAAAUUAGUGUCGAAGGAACUCCACAGUUUGAUGUAUGCGAUGCUUUUGCUAUUUUGACUCAGCUUCCAAGUUUAUUGAUUGAAGAGAGCUGUGGUGACAGAUUAGCAAAGAAAACUCUGGAAAUCCUCUCGCCAGUUACUGCGAAAGUUGAAUUGUUCAAAAUUCCAUAUGAGAACAGGACAGAGUUUCAGACAUUUCUGAAGACUAAUUUGAACUAUUUGUUCAUUAACACUCACCAGUUCUCGAGAUUCACUCUUGAUGACCUUCUAGUCACAAAUGCACUCAAGGUGGAAUUGUUAAGAGUCACAUUGAGACUUAGAGAUUUGAACCAAUUUCUUACAAAUUGGUUUCACAGUAAACACAACUCUCGACUAGAACAUCUGAAAUUUCGCAUAUUUGAAAGUUUCGAUGAAACGUGCCUUCCGGAAAUACUGAACGCUUUUCCAAGAGAUCAAGAAAGAACGUUCCGUUAUUCAAAACAGCUAGACACUUCUUUGAAAACGUUUUCUGGUGGAUAUGAUAUCGAAAGAGCAGAUGGGAAGAAAGCCACAAUCACAUUUGAAAACAAGUUUGACAUGAUGUUCACCGACUUCUACAUUUGGCCGUGA